UAGAAAGGAUGAAUAUGUAAUAGAUAACAAAGUUAAAAUAUAUAAUGAUGAAACUUGUUAUCUUCAUAGAAUUAGAGCUGAAAGUAAUGAACUUGUGAUAGGUGAUGAUAAUGAAACAUAUUAUAGAUUUUGUUAUUUUUAUAUUAUUAGAGUUAAAAAAGAUAAAUAUAUUAUAGAUAAUACAUCUAAUAAAAAAUAUAAUGUUAUAUAUUGUUAUCAUUAUACAAAUCUUAUACUCUAUGUUGAAAAGGACAAACAUAUGAUGGAUAACAAUGUUAAACAUAUAAUAAAGGAUCUUAAAAAUUGGAGUUGA